UUUGCCUGCCUUCUCCUAUUCUAACAGACAGCAUGAAUAACUCCACAAUCCAAUUUGAAUCACAAAACACAGUCAACAACCAUACCUCAAUGGCUUUCACAGCAGAAAACUGUCAUGAGAAUGGGGCUAAAGAAAGCCGAAAUCUUCCUAAAGGAAAGAUCCACGGUAGAAGGUUCAUAGGAGUGAGACAAAGGCCUUCAGGAAGAUGGGUAGCAGAAAUCAAGGACUCAUCACUGAAGCUGAGGCUGUGGCUCGGAACUUUCGAUCGAGCCGAAGAAGCUGCCAUGGCUUAUGACAGUGCUGCUCGACUUCUUAGAGGGAGAAACGCAAAGACAAACUUCAAAUCUCAUGAAGUCAUGAUUUCCCAUGAAGAAAAUUGCAGCUUAUUGAGAAAGAAUCCAAGGCUUUUUCAGCUUCUUAAGCAUGCUAUGUUGAAGAAUCUGGCAAAGUCCUCAUCUAUCAAUUCUUCAAAAGCUCCAUGGAAUGAUCAGACUAGUGGUGAUCAAGCUGAUUCGACGGUUUUCGAUUCCUUUGUUGAAGAAACUAUGGUUUGUUCUUCAGGUGCUGAAGAUGAGAUUGGGUGGUAUGGUGCUCAAGAUAGAGAAAAACUUUGCAAGCUCUCACUUGGUUGUUCGAAGGUUUAUUCUUCUGUUGUUGUGGCUCCUUCUUUUAGUGCUUCUCAAACUCAUGGAGAAGAAUAAUAAGAAAAGAACUGGCUAGAGACGCAAUAAUUGCUUGAUUCUCUUUUUUUUUUUCAUGCAAAUGGGUUGUCAAAUUGUAG